AUGCACGUGAGGAGCCUCCAGAAGGCGGGCGGCGCCGGCAGCCCCUCUGUGCUGGAGCGGACACCGGCCGGUGUGGGAGCCGCGGCGGCUGCGGAGCCACUCGGUGGUUACGGCGGCGCGGCAUCGGGUGCGGCAGAGGAAGUUUUCGGGACGCCCGACCUGGGAGCGGCGGCCAGCCGCCAGGCGGGGCAGCAACAGCAGCAGCAGCAGCAGCAAACGCCGGCGGCGGCGCUUGGGGCGCUGGGGGCGGCCGCGCAGCAGGACACGACGCCGGAGCUGUUCCCUGGCCUCAAAAAGGCGCCGCGGCCGGUGCUCGUGUCGGCGGCAGCGCGGGGCCCCCCGCGCUCGCCGAGCGGCAGCGGCCGCCCGGCGGCGUUCAGGCGCUCAGAGAGCGUGCGGGAGGGCGCGGCGGCGGCGGCGGCGGCGGCGGGGGCGUGGUCGCCGAUCAAGCGCUCCGUCAGCGCGCGCGCCAAGGCGGGCGCGCUCUCGCCGCGGGCCGGGGGCGGAAGCAGGGGCGCCUCGCCAAUCGCGAGCCCGCGGGGCGCUGGCGCGGGCCAUCAAGCGGCGCUGUCGCCGCGGCAGCACUGCCUGACAACUCAAGCGCAGCAGCAGCAGCAGCAGCAGCAGCAGCAGCAGCAGCACCAGCACCAGCCGCUCUCGCCGCGGCUGCUCAACCAGCAGCUACAGCAACAGCAGCAUCAGCAGCAACAGCAGCAGCAGCAGCAGUCGCCCAAGGCAUCGCGCCAGCCGUCCGCUGCGUUGGCGCAGCAAGCAGCGUCCCCAGGGGCCAGUGACAAGCAGCAGGCGGCGCACCUCAAGCGGGCCAUGGCGCUGGUGGCAGCGCUGUUUGCGAAGGGGCGCAUGGUGGAGCUGGGGCAGCUGCUCAGCUCGCCCGGCCUGGCGCCCUCCUCCCUGCUGCCCCAGCUGAGCGCCGCCACGCAGCGCGCAGCGGACGCCGCCGGCUACUCGCUGCUUUGCGGCCCCGACGGCGCGCAGCGGCGCAGCGCGGGCGGCCUGGGGAGCGCCAGCGCCAGCAGCGGCGGGCGCGGCAGCGGCGGCGGCGGCGGCGGCAGCAGCGGCGGCGCGGGGGCGCAGUUCCGGCUGGGGGAUGUCGUGGUGGUUGGCAGCCAGCAGCGGACGCGCGGCGUAAUCAGAUGGCUCGGCCCCGUGGCCUUUGACCGGAUUGACGUCGACUAUGUGGGCAUACACUUGGAGGCGCCCCGCGGCCGCCACGCCGGCACCGUGGGCGGCAUCACCUAUUUUGACGCCGAGGCCGGCGCGGCGGAGUUCGUGCGCGCGUCGAGGCUCGUGCCUGGCGCGGGCGGCGGCCCGGCACGGGUAGCCGAGUGA